GCUUUUAACCGUUCGCUCGUAAAGUUCGUAAGAGCGGAAACGUAACUCGCUCGCCAAAAACGCUCAUACAUACAUACACACUAACGUCUUUUACCGACUAUAUAAAUUUUUGUUUGGGGGCUUUAUUUUGUUGAUUUCAAUCUGCGGUCGUCUCAUUCAUUAAUGGUAAUUUAACAAAGCAGUGUUCCGUGUUUAGUUCUGCCUCAAAGCGAGUAGCGUAGAAGAGCCGAGCCGAGUAAUACUCAACCAGCGGACAAUAUGACAAAUUACGACGAUAUAUUGCAAAGAUGCCGUACAGCUUUUGCCAAUGGAAAAACACGAGAUCUUAGCUUCAGAAAGAAGCAAUUGGAGAAUCUGUUGCGCAUGUACGAAGAACAUGAAAAUGACAUGAUUAAUGCUUUGGAUGCCGAUCUGAGACGUCCCAAACAGGAAAGUUUAGUUGUGGAAACAGAAUUUCUGAAAAAUGAUGUCAAAAACAUUCUGUACAACAUUGAUGAUUGGGUCAAGCCCGAGCUGCCACCCAAGUCGAUGGUUAAUCUCAUGGACGAUGUACAGAUCUACAAGGAUCCAUAUGGUGUAGUUUUGGUUAUUGGUGCCUGGAAUUAUCCCCUGCAGCUGUUGUUGGUGCCCGUUGCCUCAGCCAUUGCUGCCGGUAAUUGUGUUGUGAUAAAGCCCAGUGAAGUUGCUGCCAAUUGUGCCAAAUUCAUUCAAGAAACAUUGCCAAAGUAUUUGGAUAAUGAAUGUUAUCCCAUUGUCUGUGGAGGACCCCAGGAAACAACAGAACUGCUUAAACAAAGAUUCGAUUACAUUUUCUAUACCGGUUCCACGCGUGUUGGACAAAUCAUCCACGCUGCCGCCAACAAAUACUUGACACCCUGCACCUUGGAAUUGGGUGGCAAGAGUCCCUGCUAUAUUGACAAAUCGGUUGAGCUAAAGACAGCCGUAAAACGUAUUCUCUGGGGCAAAUUGAUUAACUGUGGUCAGACUUGCAUUGCUCCCGAUUACGUGUUGUGUUCCAAAGAAAUUGAAGUAGAAUUCAUCAAGGAGGCCAAAGAAAUCCUUAAGGAAUGGUAUGGUGAUAAUAUCAAAGAUAGUCCUGAUCUCAGUCGUAUUAUAAACAAAACCAAUUUUGACCGUUUGCUUGGUCUCAUGAAACAUGGCAAAAUUGCCGUUGGCGGUAGCUAUAACGCCAAUGAACUGUAUAUUGAACCCACAAUUAUUGUAGAUGUUAAAGCAGAAGAUCCUGUGAUGCAAUCCGAAAUUUUCGGUCCAAUCUUGCCCAUAUAUAAUGUUGAAAGUGCCUACGAUGCAAUCAAAUUCAUUAACUCCAGAGAAAAACCUUUGGCUUUAUACGUUCUGAGCAAUUCAAAGAAAACCAUUGAAUUGUUUAAAACCAAUACCAGCAGUGGUGGUUUUUGCAGUAACGACAUUUUGAGUCAUUUCUCAGUUGACACAUUGCCCUUCGGUGGUGUUGGAUUCAGUGGUAUGGGCAGCUAUCAUGGUCAAUAUACUUUUGAUACCUUUGUCCACAAGAAAUCGUGUCUGGGCAAGAACCUGAAGGCUUUGGGUGAAAAGUUGUCAUCUGGACGUUAUCCCCCCUAUUCGGAACGCAAGGCCAGCAUAUUGAACUUCUUGUUGCGCAAACGCCGCCCCUUGCCCAAUUUGUAUUUGUCACAUAUUUUGGUCUUUGGUCUGGGCGUUGGCUUGACAUUCCUUGUUAACCACUACAUGCAGGGCAAACUGUUAUCGCGCUAAGAAAUGCAUCAAAUAUCAGCACCUAAACUAAACAGCGUAUCACUACUACUACUACUCCUCCUUACCACCAACACCACCACCACCACAACCAACCACUCUCUACUAUGAACUUCAACAGUUUAUCAGUGUGUAGGAAGCGGUGUUUUCGAACCAAAAAAUAUCAUCAAGUUCAUAAAAAUUAAUAUGCCUGGUGGCAGGCAAGUAACUAUUUUCCUUUCUAUUAUCUGGCAUUAUUAGAUGGCUGGCUCAUGGCAUGUUGGGCUACACAUACUAUAUACACCACACACGCAUAUGUUUCGAUGAAAUAGUUUAAGUAAAACCUGAGUAAAAAUA